AGGAAAACUGUUCUGUCAUGCAACGUCUCGUCACCAGUGACAUAAAUGGCUGCUGGGGAAGAGGUGUGACUAAAUGAUCUUCCUGUGCUGAAACCACAGACAUUUGAUGAAAGAAAGAAACUCUGAAAGGAUACCAGAGGACAGAAAUCUGGAACUGUUCUGAAAACAACACAAAAAAAGGAGUCUUAUGCAGAAACUUUUGAAGAUCCUGAAAAAAUGGCAGCAGAUUGACAACGAAACAUCUCUGAGAAGCAGCAGCCCACCCAGAAAAAGAAGAGUCAUAGUUGAGGACGUUAAACCUUAAGAGAUGGAUUUGUCUUUAGAUUUGUGGUGAGAAACUGUUAAAGGGAUAAUGGACAAAUAUUGGAACAUGAUAAAAACUAAGAAACAACCACAACAGGAGCCUUAACAACAAAAGUUGGACAAAGAGGUGGUGCGAUUUUUACACAAAUAUUUUCUCCUCUCAUGCUCUCCAGUUGCUUUAUAAGUCACAUAACAUAAGACCGUGUGGACUCUAACCCUGUUUAUUUUGUAGUGUUUACUUGCACUCACUGUUGACAUGCUAUUCUGUGACAUCUGGAUUUGAUACCUGGCAGUUUUGAUCCUAGAUGUCUCAGCCACAUAACUCAACAGAUACUCAGUCCUUGCUGCAGUCCAUGCUGCAGAGACUGAAGCUCCAGCCAGGAAGAGAGGGACAGGCACUCCUGCACACACCAGCUGCUUCCACAUGGGGACAAGAUGGAGGAAUAGGAGCCUCCAACCUUCAGCAAAUAAACAAUGGUCCGGAAAAUAGCAUUGCGUUUGGUACUAAUGGUAUCCCUUCAAAAGAUUUUGGGAUCUCUGCUGCAGGCAAAGAUGGGGAAAUACCGCAACGAGGCCAUGGCUGUGAAGUGGAUGAGCAUCUCAUUUCCUUCCCUUCCCAGAAACACAAAAGUGAUGAUGACACAAGUCCGAACGGGGUACUGGGACAGGUCACAUCACCUGGGAUCGCUCCAACAGGAACAGGGUGGCUUUUUCCUGCUAAAUCACUUAAGGAUGCUGACAGUACUUCCUUUUAUAGGACUGAUAUGGAAAGGGUGAGUUUUGGCAACUCUGCAAUGACAAAUCCAGUUCCUAGAGUUACUCUAACAAGCAUGGGACAGAAUCAGGAGCAGAAUGAGGCUUUUAAAUCCAAAGUCUACAUGUGGUCCUUGAAGUGCACAGAUGUAAAUCUUGACACAGGAAGUCAAGAGAAUAAAAUGCUGCAUAUGGGAAAUGGAGAUCUGGCACAAAAUACAGGCAUACAAUUUGUUGCAAGUAGCCAAAAAACAACAAACAGUAACUCUAGAAGACAACGAUCAUCUGAGAAUAAAACGAGAAGAUGGACACAGAAGAUUAGGGAGAGAUGGAGGGACAGGUCAGGGAGUAAAAAGGGAAAAGAAGGAGCGAUAAUGUACCAGAAGAGUCAACAAGUACCUGAGACUUCACCUCAAAACCAGCUACUGACAGCUGAAAACACAUUCAGUAAGGAGGCACAGGAGACCCUCUCUGCACUAGACAACAGUGAUCCCAGUAAAAUCCCUCCUGCACACACAGACAACAGCACUCUCGAGGGACGUUUCAGGUCAUAUAGUGACUCUGAGUUUGGCCUAGGGUCAUUCAGUCUCCUGGAGGAAAUCGUCACUGGUCAAGAGUGGGCUGAGUUCCUACACCCUAACCAGUCAGAGGCGUCACCUGUUUCAAAUUUCGGCAUGGCGCCAGUAUCAGCCAAUGCUUUCCAACCUGCCAGUAUGGAUGUCUCAGAAGGAAAACAACAGUAUGUCAGAGAAGCUGAUCAGUUAGAGCCAAUGGAAGAUGGCUGUAACCAAUCAGAUGUGCAGUCUGGAGAGAGUGUUCUUAGUCCUCCGCCCUCUUUAAAGCCUGCCGAUAUUCUUUACAUGUCAGUGCUGAAGAGCCAGGCCCUCAGCAGAAAGAGACAACAUCGGUCAGCUGGGAGACGAAACAAGAGGCUUCAGACAGAGGAAAGUGAUAGGAAAGAGGCACAAAGAGAGGGAUCACUGAGCAUAACCAGCAGCCAUGUGAUGGAUGAAACAGGAGAGUCACGACAUGAUGAGGUCAUCCCUCUAUACACCCUAAAUCCUUCUCCUAUGCCCCUCUCUCCAUCCUUUUUUAAUCCUUGUGCUCCUGUACCCCGGAGUGUCCUCAUAUCUCAGGAUUCAGAGUACUCAGUGGAAACAGAAACAAAAAGGAGGCGAGUUGAGGACAACCGCCGGGUUCGUUUUUCAGAGGAGGUAGCAAUCAUAGAACCCCUGGAGCUGGAGCUGGGUAUUUCAGACUCAGAGGAGGACAUAGGCUCAGAGGAGGACUCUGUGAUAGAGCAGGAGUGUGAGCAAGCAGCGGUUGAGGACGUGGCCCUAACACGCCGACAUGCCCUCCCUGCCUGGAUACUGGCUCUGAAGAGGAAGAAUACUGGGAAGAAGCACACAUAGUGAGAGGAGGACUGCAAAAGUGAGCAUUUAGUCUCACAGACUUGUCCUCCUUAAAAUAAAUGGGGAAAUAUCAAAUUAGCUGAUGUAGAUAGUGUCAAAAUCAGUUUAAUCUGGUUUGAAGAUGCUUUUGAAAUAAAUGUCAAUAUCUGUCAAAUGUUUUCUCAGGCCAGAAGUAUCAGAGUGGAUUAAGAAGGAUCUAUUUAUCUUAACGGCUGAUUCUUUUAGUGCUGAAACGUAUGAGUGCACCAUUUCCUCAAGGCUGUGAGAUUUGCUUUCACAUCUUGUGAAAGGUUUGAUUUUAAGCCUUACACAACUAAAGGCCAUGUCAAGAUGAGUAUGGUUUGUAGUGCAGUACUGAUAGUUUGCUGACUGGAUUUUGUUUGUGGACAUGUAAAGCAUGUAAAAUCUGGUUCUGAAAAGUAACAAGCACCUAAAGUUUUAAAACAAAUGUAAUGGAGUGAAAAGUACAAUAUGUGCCUCUAAAGCCAAAGUCAAAGUAUUAUCUUA